GCGGCGGCGGCCAAAGGGAAAUGCUGUGGCGCACAGCGCCAUCUGCUUACAGCUGCCUCCGGGCGAGCGCCGGCGGAAUCACCCCGAGCAGCCGCGGGGUUGGCUUUGCGCACAUGAUCGCGACGCUGUUAUAAGGGAAGUAGCGGGAAAGCAGCUCGCUGAGCCCAGAGGACGGGAACUUCGCUCACCUCUGUGCCGCAGCGGAGCUGGGUAGGACUGGCGCCGGGAUCCCUCCGUGGAGAAGCAACAGCAGCAGCAGCAGCGCGCGGGGGCGAACGCGGCUCUCCAAACGCGCGCCGGGCAGCUGCAACUGCAGGGCGGCUGCAAUCCCCAAACUUCGCCGGGCUGCCCACGUGUUUCCAGGUUGUUUAGUGGGCAGCAGAGGCGAGGCGCUCGGCUGACCUGCCGUCGGGGGAGCGAAGGAGCUGGCCGGCGGCGUGCACAGGGUGGCGCCCGCCGUCCGGAGAGGUCUGAGGAGAUGCUGGAAGUUGCCGGGACUUCGCUGGAUGUACUAAGGAGCUCCGGAGGCGUGUGAGCUAUUUGGCUUCUGCUGCUGCUGCCGCCGCCGCGGUCCUUCCUUGCGCGCCUCGCUCUGCCUUGUCCCCUCGCCGCCUGCAAGGAGGGCGGUUUCUGGUGACUCCCCGGCGCCGCUGCCGGCGACCUGCAGCCCCCGUCCUUUUGCUGCUGCUGCCGCGAGUCCCCGGAGCCGAAGGAUGCAGUUCCGUUUCUUCUCUUUUGCCUUGAUCAUCCUGAACUGUAUGGAUUACAGUCACUGCCAAGGCGGCCGCUGGAGACGCAGCAAGAGAGGAGGAGUUCCUGAAACAGACAAGAGGCAUUGCAUUGCUCAACAAAUUGAUGUGUACAGGGAACCUUCUGUAGCCAACUAUGGACCAAAUCCAAUUUGCAAAGGCUGUUUGUCUUGCUCAAAGGACAAUGGAUGCAUCAGAUGUCAGCAUAAGUUGUUCUUCUUUCUCCGAAGGGAAGGAAUGAGGCAAUAUGGGGAAUGCUUGAAUUCCUGCCCGCCAGGGUACUACGGUCUGCGAGCCCCAGACAUGAACAGAUGUUCAAGAUGCAGAAUAGAGAACUGUGAUUCUUGCUUCAGUCGAGAUUUUUGCACAAAGUGCAAGCCUGGGUUUUAUCUCUACCGGGGUCGCUGCUUUGGAGAAUGUCCUGACGGCUUUGCACCUUUGGAGGAGACCAUGGAAUGUGUGGAAGGCUGUGAAGUGGGCCCUUGGAGUGAAUGGGGGACGUGCAGCAGAAAUAACAAGACCUGCGGAUUUAAGUGGGGCUUGGAAACGCGGACGAGGCAAAUUGUGAAAAAGCCAGCAAAAGACACAAUACCAUGCCCAACCAUCGCAGAGUCCAGAAGAUGUAAAAUGGCCCUGAGGCACUGUCCAGGAGGAAAGAGGACACCGAAGAUAAAAGACAAGAAGAAGAAGAAAAAGAAUUUAAUGGAGCGAGCACAGAAGCAGCACAGCCUCUUCUUAGCUACAGACCGAGCCGGCCAAUAGAGACUUUGGUCAUGUGUUUCUGUUGUUCUUUUAUUUUUAUUUUUUUGCAAAAUGCACAGAAGCUGCUAAAUGCUCCUGCACACUGAUGCACUGCAAUUCAGCUGCUGCUUUGACAGUAUUGGUUGCAAAUAACUUGUGGAGGGGGAAAAAAGAGAGAGGAUAUGUCCACAAGCUUGUUUGUAUGUGUGUUAUUUAUACUUUUGUCGUUGUCGUUAUUGCCGUCGUCGUUGGUUUACCCCCCCCCAAAAAAAAACCCUGGAGACUCCAGGGACAGAACAAGCGCACUGAGUUGAAUCAGUGGGUGUGGGUAUCCAAAAAGCUCUUCUUUUCGUUUCGUUUUCUGUUUUGACUUCAGUCGGUGCCUGCGAGAUGGAGGCAGCCAGCGUCUUGGCAUGGAAUGUUGCAGCAGGAGCUUCGGGCUGCAAAUCAUCGCUGGGUGAUGACGGACUUGUGCAUAUUUAUAUAAGGAAAGGAACUCGGGGGAGUUUAGCGUUGCAUAUAUGUCCUCUUGUUUCUCAUCUUGUACAUUUUUCAAGAGUAAAUAACACUAAGCAGAUAUUCAUAGAUAAUGUACUUUUUGUCCUCAGCACCCGUUGUAUUGGAACAGUUGUAUAGUCAAACUGCUCUCGACUGAUAUAUCACAGGAGUUGCUGCUUAGUAUUUCUGGAGCAUAGCAGUUCCCAUGUGUACAUAUUAUGCUGUCUACGUAUAAAUAAACCUAUUUACAAUA